AUGUGGUCAGUUGUUGGAUUGUUGGAGUACGGGGGUGAUGUGGUCAGUUGUUGGGGUCCGGGGGUGAUGUGGUCAGUUGUUGGGUUGUGGGGGUCCGGGGGUGAUGUGGUCAGUUGUUGGGGUCCGGGGGUGAUGUGGUCAGUUGUUGGAUUGUUGGAGUACGGGGGUGAUGUGAUCAGUUGUUGGGGUACGGGGGUGAUGUGGUCAGUUGUUGGGGUCCGGGGGUGUAGUGGUCAGUUGUUGGAGUACGGGGGUGAUGUGUUGUUGGAGUACGGGGGUGAUGUGGUCAGUUGUUGGGGUACGGGGGUGAUGUGGUCAGUUGUUGGGUUGUUGGAGUACGGGGGUGAUGUGGUCAGUUGUUGGGGUACGGGGGUGAUGUGGUCAGUUGUUGGAGUACGGGGGUGA